UCGUGAAAUCUCGUGAAAUUCGACAUUGGAGAUAGUCGAAAUUUACACCACGUGUGGAAAAAGAUCGAUUAAAACAUACUCUUGCAUGCCAAUCUCAGGUAUUGACAUCCCCAAAAGAAGCACCAUAUUUAGUUGAAUCUCAAUUUGCAUUAAAUACUGUGCAGUGUGACUAAAUUUAUACAGAAAGCAGUGGUUAUCACCCUUGGAGUUGUGUAUGGUGACCACUGACCAAGAAGAAUGUCCAACAUUAAAACCAUCAUAACAUUUGCUGUACCAGCUGUGACAGCUUUGCUUGGUCUACUGUGGUACUUCAGAAGAAAGCCUCCAGCUGCUAGAAGAUAUGUCGACCCACCAGAUAAAAAGAAAGUGUCGCCAGAGAAUGACAAAUCUACUUCAGAUAAGAGCAAAGUUACAAAUAACCUUUCAAAAUUUGAUGUUUCGAAUGGCCAGGCUGGAAAGGGAAGCUCAAAUACUCGUGAAAAUCCAUCAUCAAGUAACAGUCUAGAAAAGACAGAUCAUCAUUUAAAUAUUAAAGGUGAUAAUAAACCAUCAAACACAGCUGCAUCAGACAUAAAUGCAGAAUCUACUGUAAGUGGUUGUGGAGAUGCUAGGAAUAUCCUGGAGUUUCCUGUAGAGAAUUUUAUUCAGGAGUCCGUCAUCAAACCAUCUUUGGCAGAAGUACGCAGUUCUACUAAAAAAUUCCAAGUUGAUGUAAACAUUAAUGAUGAAUCAAAGGUUUCAGAGACUGCUAAAACCCCUCUACAGCUUGUUGAAGAAUCCAUUAUUUCACCAAGUAAAAUUGAAAAUGUUCAUGGUGCCCCUGAUUCUUCUAGUCCAAAUCCAGAACAUGCCAAUACAGCUGAAAUGUCUCCAAAAGUAACAGAUAAAAAUGACAUAUCUAGUUUGUCUCAAGAUGCUACAAAAAAUGUCUCUAAUAAUUGUAAUGUGAAUUAUAACAAAACAGAAAAUAGUAUGUUGAAAGAAGUAGAUAAUGAUUUGAACUCUAAAGAAAAUGUGUUAACAAGUUUAAACACUGAAGAUCAAAAUAUCGGAGAAUGUUCAUCAUUAUCACGAUCAUGGCAUGAAGACAUACCAGAAAAUAUGGAUGAUCUCGAGAAUAACCUGUCAAUAGAUUUAUCACCAGAAAAUGGCCAUAGUGUACAAAAAACAAAUUUAGAAAACACCAGUACAAAGUUGAAUAAAACUGAAAGUUCAAAAAGUUCUGAUGAAGUUCAAGACUCAAAUAAUCAGAACUCAGUUUUAGACUCGAAACAAAAUAACCAGUCUGGUAAAUUGCCAUUGGAUCAAAUUUCAAAUACUGGUUUACAAAUUGACAAAACUACUGAAAAUAAUCAAUCAGAUUCUUCAUCAAACUGUGAUAAUCUAAGUGAGGCCUCUAACGACAGCGGUAAAGGUGGAUCAGUCCAGGAGAAUACAGGAACGUCACCACCGAAUGAUGAUAGGUUGUUUGAGUUUAACAUACCAUCAGAUAUGUGCGGGUUGUUUAUUGGUACACGAGGGAAGACUAUUAAAAUGAUCAGUCAACAAUCUGGGACAAAGAUACGUUUACAGAACAAUCCUUAUACCCGAGACUUCCAGAUUUGUGUUAUUGAAGGUCCCCAGAGUUCCAUUGACACAGCAUGUAGUAUUAUAAAAAGAAAAUUUCCUACCAUCAAGUACCCUGGUAUGGACAUGCAACCAGCUGUCAACCCAGUCAUCAUGCCAGAAAUCAUGCAGCUAAGUUUGCCAGAGGGCGUGUCAGUGGACGUUGUUGUGUCCAGUAUAGUGGAUGCAGGUCGCAUAUUUGUACAACAGCCAACUCAUCCAUCUUACCCAUCUCUAGAUAGACUUAAUACGUUCAUGAGUCAAUGCUACAUGCAAGAGGGCAGCGUUCCAGAUAUUCCUCGCCCCAUAGAAGCGGGAGUAAUUUGUGCAGCACCAAUGUUGAAUGGCUGGUAUCGCGCCCAGAUAAUGGCAUCUCAUGAGGCGGAGGGUGUCGAUGAGUGCGACAUCAAGUAUGUUGACUAUGGAGGAUAUAGUCGUGUAUCAAGCUUAUUAUUGAAACAGAUCCGAAGUGACUUUAUGACACUUCCUUUCGAGGCCAUAGAAUGCUAUCUUGCAAAUAUUACGCCAUUGGAUAAUGAGCAGUAUUUCAGUGCUGAGGCUGCUGUUGUAUUAGAGGAACUUACACAAGGAAAAUUACUCCAGGGACAGGUUGUUGGUCGAGCUGAAGAUGGAAUACCUUAUGUACAUGUUUACCAGAUUACUGGAGCUAAUUCUGCAUUGUUAGUGAACAGAGAAAUAGUAAAUAGAGGUGUGGUCAGGUGGGCUGAAUUGAUGGAAUAAAUUCACAAUGGCAACAUUACUUCAAGAGGAUGGAAUCUUUCUGGGAAACUUAAUUACAUCUGGGAUAAAUCAUGGAGCAAGAAAUUGGUUUACAGUGUCAAAAUAGUCAUCUUUUCAUUCACCAAUCAUGGACCAGGAACGCUUUCAUCUCUUUUUGUAAAGAGUUAACCAUUUAAUAUAUUAUUAUUGGAAUUGUGUUGUGCAUUUGUUACACACCCUGAAGGAUGAAACUUUGAUAUUUGUAAAUGAAUCGCUGAUCUGUUUGUGCAUAUGUUCUCAUUUAUGGACAGUAAUGUCAUCUUAACUUUCAUUGUUCAUCGAGUCAUGAAAAAUAUAUUUCUGUUUUUGCUGAAAGUUAUGUCCUUUUAAUUAUAUUUUCUUUAGAAGUCUUAUAUUGUAUGUUUUUGGUUUUUUUACUGAGGAAUUUUAGAGAAAUUUUGAACAAUUUCUGAACAAUACAAACCAUACCUUUAACUUUUUACCUAUAAACCCCCUUACUGUUAUAUCAAUGUUUUUAAUGUUAGUUCCUCAGUUCAAGCAUAUGUUGGCAAAUCAUGACAAACAAUGUCAUAAUUGUCCAAAGUUGUCAGACAAAUCUCAACCUUUAUAACUACGUAUUUUUUUAUUCGUAAGAUCUCAUGAUGGAAUCUUUUCUGCAUUGCAUAUGGUUGUACAAUAGGCUAAAUCAGUCAACAAAACUUUAAGAGGGAUUGCAUUUUAGUUUUUAGUUUUAAAAAAACAAGCAAAAUCUUCCCCCUCAAAAUGUUAAGAUGUCCUGUAUUGACCAGCUGUUCACAUUUGAAAAGUUGUGUUUUGUUUUGUUUUUAUAUUGAUGGUGAUUAAUUUGUAAAAGUGGCAAAAAUUGCCCAACAAGAAUGAGUUUCAGGGGUGUCAAUUUAUGUUUUAUCAAUUCAGAAAAUUAUGUUAAGUGAUUUUUUUGUCAUUGAGUUAGAAACUUGUUGUUUUGAGUAAUUAUUUGUUUGAUUUCCAUUCCCUUGAAAGAAUGUUUUAUAAUUUGUACAUGUGACAGUGUGUGAUAAAAGUUUGAGUGUAACAUGCAUGCUUCUAGACGGGUGUUUAUAAUACAAGUGUUUAUGAAAUAUAUAGAUGUAUUUUAACAGUGUGAUAUAAAGCAUUGUUUUACAUGGAUUAGUUAGAUAAGGCAGUGAGUGUAUGGUUGAACUAAAACCUGUUAUAGGCUAAAAAUUGUAUGUAAAGAGAUAAAAACCAUCUUGUUAGAAGUUAAAAAUUUAUGUCAAAGUCAAAAACCAUAAUUAUGUCAAGUUGAACUAAUGUUUGUCAAAGUGCAAAAACCAUAGGUUGUAGUUUUAAAAUAUAUAGAUUAACAAUUUGUUAUUUUAUUUGAUAACAGAAAAGCUUAAUGAUAUUAUAUGAUAUUGACAUUUUGACUGUGGUUUACAUAUUUUCUCGACAUGUUGAUAAGGUUUUCUAGUUUAACCCCAACCAUGCAGUAUAUCUCAAAUGGACUUGUCCAUCUUUCAAUCUGGACACAAUCAUUUCAUCAUAUUUAGUAGGGAUGUCA